AUGGCCCGCUCCGCCAUUGUCCAAGAAUACGCCCCUCCGUCCUCCGCACCCACCUUCUCCGUCGACCGCAAAGUCACCCACGAGCGCCAACAAAAUGGCAUUUCUCGCCCCAAUGGAUAUCGCGUCUCCUGGCAUGCCAAUCCCGCCGUCGAACCACACCACUUUGGCCAGUCCCAUCCCAUGAAGCCAUGGCGUCUGACCCUCACAAAACAGCUGGUCAUGGCCUACGGCAUGCACCAUGCGAUGGACCUCUACCUGGCGCGCGCAGCCACCUACGAAGAGCUGGCGGACUUCCACAAAUCAGAUUACCUCGAUUUCCUACAGCAAGUCGUCCCCGGCGAUAUGGAGAAUCCUGAACAGAGCGAGAACAUCGCGCGCUUCAACUUCGGUGACGAUUGCCCCAUCUUCGACGGCCUCUACAACUACUGCUCCCUCUACGCCGGCGGUACCAUCGACGCAGCCCGAAAGCUCUGCAACAACCAGUCGGAGAUCGCAGUCAACUGGUCUGGUGGCCUACAUCACGCCAAAAAAGCCGAAGCCAGCGGUUUCUGCUACAUCAACGACAUCGUCCUCGGCAUCCUGCAGCUCCUCCGCCUGCACCCGCGCGUCAUGUACAUCGACAUCGACGUCCACCACGGCGACGGCGUGGAACAAGCCUUCUGGUCCACCGACCGCGUCCUCACCGUCUCCUUCCACAAAUACGACAAGGACAACUUCUUCCCCGGCACCGGUGGCCUCGACAGCACGGGGCCCACCCAUCCCCUCAACCCGGGCGCCCACCACUCCGUCAACGUCCCCCUCCACGACGGCAUCGACGACGAAUCCUACAUCCAACUCUUCCGCGACGUCGUCGGCUCCUGCGUCGAAGUCUACCGACCGGGCGCCAUCGUCCUCCAAUGCGGUGCCGACUCCCUCGGCUGCGACCGUCUCGGCUGCUUCAACCUGAACGUCGCCGCCCACGGCGCCUGCGUCGCCUUCGUCAAAACUUUUAACCUCCCUCUCCUCGUCGUCGGUGGCGGUGGCUACACCCCACGCAACGUCUCCCGCGCCUGGGCUCACGAAACCUCCAUCCUCAUCGACGCCCAGGAUACCAUCGACCCUCACAUCCCCGAAACCGUCACCUUCCGCAACCACUUCGGCCCUGACUUCUCUCUCUUUCCGCCCCUCUCGGAAAUGCGCAAGCUCGAAAACAAGAACCCUCGCACUUAUCUCGCCGGCUUGCUCCAGUCCAUCCGCGAACAGCUUCGAUACAUCCAAGGUGCCCCGAGCGUGCAAAUGAGCUUCAUUCCUCCGGAUAUUCUCGGUCUUCGCGAAGACACGGAGAAGGAAAUCGAAGAAGAGACAGCCAUGAUGGAGGAGGAGCGCGAGGAACGAUCUGGUGGUGGUAGUUUAGGGAAGUCGAGUCGACGGAGGGAUUUGGAGAGAGGUGCUGGGCAGCGGGGGGAGCUGUUUUAA